AUUAACGACGUUUUCUUUUCUUAUUUGCAGUUCUAUGACCUUAUACUACGAGAUGGCCCAGCAAAUGCCACACUUCAGUAUCGUGCAGUUACCGUGUUUGCUCCAACCAAUCAGGCCUUCCAACGCUAUCCCGAUCUUAAAAUUCAUGUUUUAUAUCACAUGACAAACACACCGAACAAGAUGGAACAUUUGAAGCCAAGCAUGUUAACCGAAAUGGACGGAAAUCCUCCGAUUUACAUUACAAAACGACGAACGAAACAAGGAGAAGAGAUUUACGUCAACAAUGCUAUGAUUCUCAAGUCGAGAUCGAAUGUUGAUCUGAAAAACAAGAAUGGCAAACGACAGAUUCUACACGUCAUCGACGAUGUUCUUAAUCCAUUGUCGACUGGAAAUAGAAGUUCAAAUGAAAUCUACAAUCCUGAUGCCCUUACUUUCCUUACAAAUGCCAACACCUUCGAUAUUGGAUCGCAUCGUGUAAGAAGCUUUUAUCAACGUGUUGUUAUUGAGAAGAAGGAAUCACUUUUCGCUGCUGAUGGCUUUCACACUUUCUUCAUUCCAGUUGAGGAGGGUUUCAAGCCCAGUCCACGCCCCGAUAUGAUUGACAAGAAGGUUAUUGAUGGACACGUCAUCCCUAAUCAUGUUGUUUUCACUGCACCCGCACAUUUGGAACAUCAAUACGAAACUGAGGCUUUCGAGGACAAUCUGAAAGUUACAGCAAUAUUUUUCACAGCGAAUGAUGGCAAACAAACAAAAAUGUAUGUUAAGUCAAAUACGGUCGUUGGUGAUUCAAAGCAUACGACGGGAGUUGUUAUGGCUGAAAUCGUGUUAGCGAAUAUUCCAGUGAAAAAUGGUGUCGUUCAUUUGAUUCAUCGUCCUUUGAUGGUUGUUGACACAACAGUUGCGAAAUUCCUUGAGGAAAAGGAAGAUGGUCCACUCUUCAAGUUCUAUGAAGUCAUAAUGGAUGUAGGAGGUGAAUUCAUGACAACCAUAAAUUCAAUGAGAGACGUGACGUUGUUCGCACCGAGCAAUGAAGCAUGGAACCGUCCGGAAGUUCGCAACAUAAUUGGUAACAAACAAAAGAUGAGAGAAAUCUUGAAUCUACAUCUCGUGAAUGAACGCUUAAACUCGGAUAAAAUAAGGGCAAAUAACAAUAAUCAGAUUGCUCAAAUUCCAACAAAUGUCGAUAAGAAAUUCUUAUACUUUAACGUUGUUAAUCGUGACGACAACAACAAGACGAUUACAGUUGAAGGUGGAGGUGUGAACGCAACCAUCAUUCAAUCUGAUAUUGCUGCAACAAAUGGCUUUGUUCACAUCAUUGAUCACGUUCUUGGUGUUCCAUAUAUGUCUGUUCUCGAGAAAUUGCAGACGGAUCCAAUGUUGAAUAACACGUUGUGGCUCGGAUCACGCAAUGAAUUUAAUGCACAAUUGAACGGAACGACAGCUUUUUACACAUUCUUUGUACCUCGUGAUAUGGCUUGGAGAAACUUGGAAAACGAAUAUCCAUCAGUCUACACCAAACUCUUUUUGCCUCAUUUCUCUUAUCAUGCGAGAUUAAUUUUGGAACAUCAUUUGAUUGUCGCUGAUAAAAGAUGGACAAUGGCUGAAUUAAGAGACAAGUCAAUGAAACAAAAUAGUGAACUUCUUCUUGACACAGUCCGUGGUCAUUUAAGAGUUAAAAUUAAUGAACAUGAUCGACGUUAUUCGAUAACAUGGAACAACAAGAAGAUUAAUGUGUUCCGCUCCGAUGUGAUUUGCACCAAUGGUAUCAUUCAUGUGAUCGAUCGUCCAUUUAUUGAAGAGGGUGAUAUUCGUGUGACAUACAACACAGCAACAGCUUUACAAGCUGUUCUCCUACCCACUCUCAUCAUGUUGAUUUUGACGAAGUUAUUUAACUAAAGAAUAAAAGAAUAAUAAAGUCAAGACAUCAUUUUAAGUUGGUUUAACAGUGGAAUAGUUAGCGACAAUUCAAUAAUCAAUUUUUGCUAUUCGCGCCGCCUAUUUCUCGUCUCCUUCUGAGACAGCCUCAACAAUUUCCAAAUCAUUUGACAAAAAAAAAAAGAAAUAAGAAUGAAGAACAAAUGGUAAACAUAUCGAAUGAUUUUAAUCUUAAAAUCCUUUUCAGAUAAUUUAAAGCAUAAACACACACACAGAUACACCCACGCAAAUAUAUAUUUAAUUCAAAUUAACUUGUUUCAACUUACAUCAAAAAAACAUUUUCAUGCGCGAAACAAAUUCAUGUUGUUUAGCUUUUUAUUUUUUAACCUAUUUAAAAUUUCUGAUGGAGAAACAAGAAUCUCAAUUUGCUACUACGUUUUGCAUAACAAAAUAUGUAAAAAGAUAUGUAAAAAAUGUCUCUCCCUAUGAUUUCCUAUGUUUCUAGGAAAAGAAAGAAAAAAUACUGAGAUAAAAAAUCAACAUGACACUCUUUAGGAAAACAAAUUAAAAGAAGCUUUGGAUUGUUUACAAAAUUAAGUAAACGAGUCAAAAGUUUCGGCAUUUAGAAAUCAAAAAUUAUGCGAGAACAAUUCUAUUAAAUAGAUUCACGGAAAAUCACUGUUGAAAGCUUUGGAUGAUGCAAAAGUAAUUAAGAGAAAUGAAUUAAAUUAACUGCCGUACAUUAAAAUUUUCAUGACGUUUUUAAACAGAAAAAAAUUGAAGAAUUUAAAAAGAAAACAAAUUAAGAAAUGUCGUUCUACGUAAUGUUAAGAUAACAAAAUUCCUUAAAUGUGUAAAUCAUCAAUAAUGCAUCAUGCAGAAUAAUUAACACCAUUCAAGGUAUAUUCAUUUUUAAUGUGAAUUUCGGGUAAUUAAGGAUGAACAAAGAAGCUUCAAAUUGAAAAGAAUUACUUUAAGCAAGCAUCCAAAGAUCACAAUUUGAUUUUUUAUCGUCAAUUUUUUAGCUUCAUUACAACUUUUCAAUCUUCAGUUAAAAUUUUACACUUCAAAUGAAAAUUGAGUUGAAUAUUUUGUGAAUUAAUGUUGAGAAGACAGUUGAGAUAUUUAUCUAAUUAUCAACCCGAUUUUCAAUUGAUUGAUUCUAUAUUUUAAAGAUAUCUAAGUGACAUAAAUAUGAUGAAUUAAUAAAGAAUGAAAAAUUGAUAUUAAAAUUAUGUAUUGACAAGAUGAUACCCCCAGAUUAGAAUAAAUUUGAAAGUGUAAAUGAAUUGAUAAUCAACGAUUUACAAGACAUCAAGCAAAUUAUGGUUUGAUUUUAAAGCUGGGAGCGCGAUAAAUAUUUCUAAUGAUUUUAAGAUUAAACACUUGUGAAAAUGAAUAUACAUAAAUUAUAAAAGAUGAAUUUCCUUUCAUUUUUUGUUUCUUUUGUGAAUUUUUGUAAUCUUAAGACAUCCACCCCCGCUUUAAAGAUUUCUCUCAUUUUAUUUAAAUUCUUCUUGCCUUGCUUUAAAGAUAAUUAAGCAAUUAUCACGCUCUAAUAUCAUCCCCACAUUGAAUAUUUCAUUUAUGUUAGCGCGGAAUGGAAUAUCAAAAAUAUUUUUUUGCUAGCAUAUGAUAAUUAAUAUGAAUAUAUUUUAAUACCUUGGAAGAAGAAAGAAAAAAAGAAUUAAGACAUUAAAAACACUUAUUGCCUUUUUCAAAUAAUGUUGAGAAAAACAAAAUUACAAAUAUAAAGUUAAAAUUAGGUGAAUAAAUACGUCAAGGUAAAACUUAAUAAAAUAAAUGUAAAAGAUAUUUAGAAUCCAAAGUAAGGAGUGCGUGGAAAUCAAAAUGUGAAAGAGAGAGAGAGAGAGGGAGAGAAAGGUUGUCUGCAGAUACAAAUUAAAUUUUAUUUUAUUUCGCUUUCAAGACAUUUCAAUUCAUCAAAAAUUUCAUUUCACUUACUUAAUUUCAUUUAAACAAGAAGAUAAACGUCCAAACUCAGCAUUCACAAAGUUACUUUAUUUAAUGUUCGAGAUAUGAAUGUAUCAUUGAAAGCAUGACAAGUAUUAAAUCAUCAAAUAAUCUACAAUUGUAUGAUGGGAGUCUCAGUAAUAAUGUAAAUUGAAUUAUAUGAUUAUGAAAUGAAAUAAGAAGAAUAAAUACGAAUUUUUUUGUUCACGCACGAAUGGGAGCUUAAAUAACGCAAGAAUAAAAAAAAAUAAUAAAAUAUUUAAUAAAAAUUGCUACCGAAAAUGAAUUACAGAAAGUUGAAGAUUUUUCUUUUUUUUUACAUUAAUCUCAUAAGCUGGAAAAAAUAAAAUAAAUAAGUCGCAAGCUCGUACUACUGAUGAUUGAUCUACGCUAUUUAACAAAAUAUUUUUAUUUUUUUUUGGAUGAGUCAUUAGCUGUCGCAUGCUUUAGCGACUUUAAAAAUACUUGUACAGAAGUAAAUUGAAUAUAUCUCGCUAUAAAAGGACAUAAACACUGGCAACCUUAAGAGCUUCACUUAUAAUUUAACGUCCAUAAAUUUACUCUCUUUAUCAUACAUUUUUAUUCGUUGCGCAACCCAACAAAGAAAAUUCUUCUCGAACCUCUUUCAAAGAAAACAGCGAGAGAAGAGAUGUCAUUUUUAGUCAUUUCGCAAGAUCUUAUGUCCUUAAUAAGUAUUCAUGGAAGACGAAAGAAAAAGAAAACUUUAUAAGUUGAUAAAAAAAAAGAGAUGAGAAAAUCCUUCUUUUGUUCGGAUUAAGCUUUUUAUGUAAAACCGAUUGAAUAAAAAUUGAAAUAAAAGAAAAUGGAAAAAAUAUAAGAAAAGA